AGCAAACAUAAUCUUGAUGUUCACAUGAGAGUUCACACUGGAGUGAAACUGUACAAGUGUUCACACUGUGACAAGAGAUUCAAUCAUUCAGGAAUCCUGAAAAGACACGAGAGGACCCACUCUGGAGAGAAACCGUACAAGUGUGAUUGUUGCGGGAAGAGCUUCACACAAAAAGGACACCUUAAGAGGCACAUGAACGUUCAUACUGGAGAGAAACCAUUCUCUUAUGAUCAGUGCGGGAAGAGACCAGUCUCUUGUGAUCAGUGCGGGAAGAGUUUCACACAAUCAGCACAUCUUAAAUAUCACAUGACCAUCCACACUGGAGAGAAGCUGUACACAUGUGAUCAAUGUGGCAAAUCAUUUUUGAGGGCAUCAUACCUGAUGAAACACAUGAGAGUUCAUACAAAGCAGAAGCUGCAUUCAUGUUGUUUGUGUGGAAAGAGUUUUUCACGUCUACAGAUUUUGAAAGAACAUCAGAAAACACACACUGGUGUGAGAGAGUACAUGUGCUUUGAGUGUGAAAAGACUUUUACUUCAGUGAACAAUUUGAAACAGCAUGAGAGGAUCCACACUGGAGAGAAACCGUACAAGUGUUCAUACUGUGACAAGAGAUUCAGUCAGGCAGCACAUCUGAAAAGGCAUAAGAGGAUCCACACUGGAGAAAAACCUUACAAGUGUUCAUACUGUGACAAGAGAUUCAGUCAGGCAGCACAUCUGAAAAGGCAUAAGAGGAUCCACACUGGAGAAAAACCUUACAAGUGUUCAUACUGUGACAAGAGAUUCAGUCAGGCAGCACAUCUGAAAAGGCAUAAGAGGAUCCACACUGGAGAAAAACCUUACAAGUGUUCACACUGUGACAAGGGAUUCAGUCAGGCAGCAUAUCUGAAAACACACGAGAGGAUCCACACUGGAGAGAAACCGUAUCACUGCACUGCAUGUGGGAAGUGUUUCAAUAAUUCAUCUGCUCUACACAGACAUACAAAAAACAUUCACAGUAAGUAGAUCAUCUUCAGAUCCAAAACUUUCAGGUCUGACGCCGCGUCCUCAUCAAAUGUGACACAAUAAUGCAUCAAGCAAUAAAAUAUCA